AUGCCCGUCAUCACCACCAAGGAACCCGCUUCGGCCGUCGCCGAGACCCUCAAGGCCGAGGCCAGCGAGGCCAAGCCGGCGUACCUCGUCGUCUACGCCUCGCACCGCAAUGGGCGCUCGUGGUGCGGCGACUGCACGGCGGCCGAGCCGUACAUUGAGAAGAAGUUUGGCGGCGACGACAACACCGUCCGAGUCGUCUACGCGGGGUUGCCCGAGGAGUGGAGGACAAAGGAGAACCCGUGGAGACAGGCGCCGUUCAACGUCACGAACCUGCCAACUCUCAUCAAGGUCUCUGGCGAGAAGAAGUGGGAGAAGCUGGUCGAAGCGGACGUGUACGACCAGAAGAAGCUUGACAGCUUUGUCGGCGGCAACAGCCGCUUGUAA